AUGGAAAAUAAUGUCGCUAUGGAAUUAAAUAUAGGUGAGCAUAUUUUGAGAAUACCUAAUGAUGUGAGUCUACAGAAACAGAUAGUGUCACCUGAAUCCUUAAGACGUCAAAUAGAAGCUGUUGAAUUUUCUGUUAUGAGUAGUGAUCAAAUAGCAUGUUCGGCACAUAUGGAAGUGAUACAUCGUGAAAUAUAUAAGCCAUUAACUACAACUCCAAUGUCUGGAGGAGUAUUGGAUCUGAAAUUAGGAGCACACCGAGCUGAUGCCCAAUGUUCCAGCUGUGGAGGUAAUCUUAGGACAUGUGGAGGUCACUGGGGAUAUAUACAAUUACAACAACCUGUAUUUCAUGUUGGUUACUUUAAACAUUUAUAUGGAGUGUUAUGUUGUUUAUGUAAGAGUUGUGGAGCUUUCCUACUUAGAGGAAACGAGAAGAAAUUUUAUCUAAAUCGGCUAAAACAAUCUUACAGUCUAGCCCAUGCUUAUAAACUCCAAUUUAGAAAGCUGAUAGAUAGAUGUAAGAAGGUCAAGAUCUGUUCUAAUUGCAAUGCUCAACAAGGACAGUUACGUCGUUUGAUUAGACCAACUUUGGAUCAGUUUAUGAAGUUAACCCAUGUAGUUAAGAGUGAAAGUCAUGAUUAUAUAGAAGAUUUAACUCCUUUAUUUGUUCAAACUUUAUUACAGAAAGUCCCUUAUGAAGAUUUGGAUAUUUUGGAGAUGUUCAAGCCUGAUCGUUUACUAUUAUCUAGACUUCCAGUUCCUCCAAAUUGUAUUCGGCCAUCAGUAACAAUGGGUGAGGCAGGAAGUAAUGAAGAUGAUUUAACUGUGAUUUUGUCUGAAAUAACUGAUUUAAAUAAUAUGAUUAAAUCUCAGAUGAAAUCUGGAUUUCAGACUUUACAACUUCUUGGUAAUUGGGAAUUUCUUCAAUUACAAUGUACGAGGCUAAUAAAUGCAGAAGCUCCUGGUGUAAACCAAUUAUUAGCAAGCAAGAAUAUUCCAAAAGCAGGUAGAGGUAUUUGUCAAAGGCUUAAGGGUAAGGAGGGACGUUUUAGAGGGAAUUUAAGUGGCAAACGAGUAGAUUUUAGUGGUAGAACUGUAAUAUCACCAGAUCCAAAUGUAGCAGUAGAUGAAGUUGUAGUUCCUGUAGUUAUAGCCAGAAUUAUGACAUAUCCUGAGAGAGUAAAUUCACAUAAUAUUGAGAGAUUGCGAGAUGCUGUGCUGAAUGGUCAUAAUAUAUGGCCUGGAGCUUGCUAUGUUUACAAGACAAAUGGUAGUAAAUCAAGUUUAAGAUAUGCAAAUAGGCGUAUUGUUUCAGAACGCCUAGAGAUUGGAGAUGUUGUUGAACGUCAUAUGAUAACAGGAGAUUCUGUAUUAUUUAACAGGCAGCCAAGUCUACAUCGCCUUAGUAUUAUGUCACAUAGGGUUGUGGUUAUGCCGUGGAGAACUUUUAGAUUUAAUGAAUGUGCUUGUGCUCCUUAUAAUGCAGAUUUUGAUGGUGAUGAAAUGAAUCUCCAUAUGCCUCAAAAUGAAUUAGCAAGAGCUGAAGCUAAAUACUUAAUGGGCUUGGUUCACAACUUAGUUACUCCAAGAAAUGGUGAACCUCUUGUUGCUGCUACACAGGACUUUUUACUUGGUAUAUACUUACUCACAAGUAGAGAUGUAUUUUUGACUAGAGACCAAUUUUCUCAAUAUUGUUGUUAUUUUACAGAUGGCUGUAUUCCAGUUGAAUUACCUCCACCUUCUAUUUUAAAACCUAUAGAACUUUGGACAGGUAAGCAAGUAUUUAAUGUUUUAAUUCGCCCUAAUCCAAGUGAGAGACAGCAUAUUAUAGUUAAUUUUGAGCUUAAGGAACGAGACUAUGAUACAAAGUUAGAUCUAAAAGAUCUGUGUCCAAAUGAGGGCUUUGUAAUUGUUAGACACUCUGAGUUAUUAGCAGGAGCAGUUGGUAAGAAAGUUUUAGGAGGAUCUAAGGAAGGAUUAUUUUUUCAUAUUUUGAGAGAAAAUAGUAAUGAAAAGAGUGCUGAAGUUAUGGGAAGGGUGGCAAGAUUUGUAUCUCGUUACUUGGCCCAAAAAGGGAUGACAAUAGGAAUAGAUGAUGUGACACCAAAUGAAGGACUUUUAUCAGCAAAAUCCAAGCUUUUAGAAGAUGGAUAUCGCAAAAUUCAGGAAGAAAUUACAACAUUUGAACUUGGGAAAAUGAUACCACAUCCAGGUUGUACUUUAGAGGAUACUUUAGAAGUUAAAGUAAAGAAGAUAUUAGAUGAAAUCCGAAAUGAUGCAGGAAAAGCUUCAUACUCAAGUUUACCAUUUAGUAAUAAACCAUUAUUGAUGUAUUUAUCAGGGGCUAAGGGACAACUAAUUAAUAUAGCUCAAAUGGUUGCUUGCGUAGGUCAACAGAAUGUUGCUGGACAAAGAAUCCAAAAUGGUUUUACUCAGAGAACUUUACCACAUUUUAAAAUAAAUUGUGUAGAUGGUAGAAGUCGUGGAUUUGUUGCAAAUAGUUUUUUCUCGGGAUUACAACCAGAUGAGUUCUUUUUCCAUACUAUGUCUGGUAGAGAAGGCUUAGUUGAUACUGCUGUAAAAACUGCAGAAACUGGAUAUAUGCAGAGACGUUUAAUAAAAGCUCUUGAAGAUUUAUGUGUAAAGUAUGACCAAACUGUCAGGAGUAGUGAUGGUCAGAUUAUAGAAUUUAUAUAUGGAGACGAUGGUUUAAAUCCUAUGAGUAUGGAAGAUAAAUUAAAGCUUGUAAAUUUUGAAAGAUUAUUCAAGCACGUGCUUUCCUAUGUUAGGGUACAUUCAAAUAUGAUAUAUUUAUAUAAAUCUUUUGAAUUGAAAGGCUUAACUAAAUAUAAGAAUUGUAUAAAUAUCGGUGUACCUACUAAGGCUUACAAUACGCAAAUAUUACCUCCUGAAGAAAAUAUAUUAACUGAUAUCACUUCAAAGAUCGAAAAAUACCUUUUGAAAAUGUCCAAUGAAUAUAAUUCUAAAACUAUACCUUCAGACGGAAAUUUUGUUGUUUCUGAAGAACCAGAUAAUCUAAUUAAAAAUGAGGUAGAUCCAGGAUAUAAAGUACCUAAUUGUAGUGAUAGUACCAGUUACAAAGAUCUAAAUGGAGUACAAGAUUUGAAACUAGCCUCUUCUAUCUUCUCCACUAAAAGCUCUAAAUUAUCUGAUUUAGAUGAGUUUGAUAUAUUAAGUUGCGACAAAUUGCCUCCUAACCUCUCAAAGAAAUUGCAAGUUCUUCAUACAUGGUAUAAAAGAUAUAGCUUGGAUUGGUGUCAUAACAAUGAAAUUUGUAAUUAUAUGAUAAGCAAUAUGGUAGCAUAUUAUAUAGUUUAUGGAUGGCUAUCACCUAUUCAAACGAAUGUUCCAUUAUUACCUUUCGAAAUUGUGGCCUGGGGCGAAUUUUUUAUUAAAAUGACAUCUGAAGUAAUUCCGAAGUCUAUUAUUGAACACCAGAAAAUAUCUCAGAAUGAGUCUAAUACUCAUCAACUAAAAAACAAUAAGGUUUACCUUUUUGAAGAUGACAUAAGGAACUUUAUAUAUAAUCUAACACUACAAGUUGCAAAUUAUAGAAGAGAAAAUAAUGAGAUACCUGGUAUUAAAGUUCAAGAAUAUACCAAAGUAUUAGAUAGUCAUAUAAAUGAUAUCCCAAGAUUUAAUGAAUGGAUUGGAAAUUCAACUAAGUAUUUAGGAAAAUUACAAUCUUUAAAGAUAGAUUCUGACUUUCUAGCCUUGAUUAGGAGAUAUUUCAUUGUCCUGAAUGAUAAAAAGGAACAAGAAAAUAAAAAACUUCAAAAUGAUAACUUAGAUGGUGAAGAAAUAAUUAAAGAACCGGAAAUUGUCCGAUACUUCUACAAACCUGAACCAGAACUAGAAACUGAUCCUGAUUUGAAAUUCAACAUCCUUAUAAAAGAAGAGUACCCUACACCUCCUAAAAAGAGACUUAGAAAAUCACUAAGAAAAACUGAAGAUGAAGUAAAAGACUGCUAUAGUCAAGAUUCAUUAUUAUAUAAUCAACAAAAACAAGACUUGAGUCAUUGCGUAGUCAAUAAUUCUAUUUUACUGAAUUCUUCUGAGUCACAUCCUAUUUAUAAAUCUGACAAAAAUUGUCAUACUACCAAACUCAAGUCUUGUCGUUCUAAUAUAGAGUAUACAAUCACAGUUCGACAUCUAUAUGAAUUUAUAUCUCUAUGCUGGUUAAAGUAUAUGAAGGCAAUAGUACAACCAGGUGAUGCAGUUGGAGCUAUUGCAGCACAAUCUAUUGGAGAACCUGGAACUCAAAUGACUCUUAAAACUUUCCACUUUGCUGGUGUUGCGAGUAUGAAUGUAACAUUAGGUGUUCCAAGAAUAAAGGAAAUUAUAAAUGCAGCUACAAAGAUUUUGACUCCCAUUAUACAAGCUCCAUUAAAAAAUCCAUGGGAUUAUAAAUGUGCUCAAAUGGUAAAAGGAAAAAUUGUCAAAUACUUACUCAGAGAAGUAUGUACUCAUAUUGAAGAAGUAUACUCUCCACAAGGUGUUUGCUUAAACAUAUAUUUAUGUGAGAAAACGAUUCAAAACUUAUAUUUAGACAUAAAUGCUUAUACAGUACGUGAUUCAAUAUAUUCUCAUGGUCAAAUAUGCAAAUUACGUCUUAAGGAGGGAGAUAUUCAAAUAAUCAAUCAGUGGACAUUGGCUGUUUAUCCUCCAGAUACUAUUGAAAAAGGUAGCAGAUCAGGAAGCACUAGUUCGAAUAAUAAUUUGAGCUUAACUUCUGGAAGUGGUCCAAGCUCUCUUAAUGUUCUUUUCCAGUUAAAAAUACUUAAGAGAGGACUUCAGAAUGUUAUAGUCUCUGGGAUAUCUGGAAUUAGACGUAGUGUAAUUCGUCAAGAUGAAGUAGUAGACCCUAAUACAGGAAAGAAGAGACACAAAUAUAGCUUAGCAGUUGAAGGAUAUGGACUCUCAGCACUAAUGGGCAUUUCAGGUUUAAUUGGGAUAAGUACUGUAUCUAAUCAUAUAAUUGAAACAAAGGAAGUUCUAGGUAUAGAAGCUGCAAGAUCAGUUAUUGCACAGGAAGUUCUAAAGUGCAUGGAUGCCUAUAGUAUGGAUAUUGAUUUAAGGCAUAUACAAUUGUUAGCCGAUGUUAUGACUUUUCGUGGAGAUGUUCUUGGAAUUUCACGAUUUGGUAUCCAAAAGAUGAGAACUUCAACUCUCAUGUUAGCCUCAUUUGAAGAAACUAAUGAACAUUUAUUUGAAGCUGCAUUUCAAAAUCGUAUAGACCCAGUAGAUGGAGUUAGUGAGUGUGUUAUUAUGGGGAAGCCAAUCAAAAUUGGAACUGGUGCAUUCGAUAUCUUAUUUCAAAGCCCAGAAUUAGUAAAGACGAAGGAUUCAUCAAUUGGGAGGUUAUCUAAUUUUAUAAGAAGAAUUAAAGCAUAA